GGCAAGGGAGUCACUCCUCCCUUCUCUCUCUCCCUCUCCAGCUCUCAAAACUUUCCAAGUUUGGAUUAACUGAACGGGGGCUCCUCCAGGACGCUGGACUCCUGAGCCCCCACUUUCCCUCAAAACGCGCCCCACGCCCGGUGCUUUAAAGGAGGGGACACCGCCAUGCAUUGAUGGGGAGAGGUUGCUUACUUGCAGGGUCUUGACGCCGUUCCAGAGGCGCUGUGAGUUCUGCUAAACUGGGGGGGCCGCCAGGCCGAGGUCAGAGACCUCCACCCGCCACCAGCAUGAAUCCUGCCUCUGGAUUAACGCUGCUGCUCCCCCUUGUCAACCUCGUCUACUUGCUGCUGGUGGGCUGCACCGCUGAAAGUCCCCCCGAAUUCAUCAAGAACCCUGUGGACCAGAUCGGGGUCUCCGGAGGGGUGGCAUCCUUCGUCUGCCAAGCGAGGGGAGACCCCAAGCCCCGCGUCACCUGGAACAAGAAGGGGAAGAAAGUGAACUCCCAGAGGUUUGAGACGAUUGAGUUUGACGAAGGUGCCGGCGCUGUCUUGAGGAUCCAGCCCCUCCGCACUCCCAGGGACGAAAACAUUUAUGAAUGUGUUGCUCAGAACUCCGUGGCAGAGAUCACCGUCAACGCCAAACUGACUGUCCUGAGAGAGGACCAGCUGCCUUCCGGCUUCCCCAUCAUCGACAUGGGACCCCAGCUGAAAGUGGUGGAGCGCACAAGAACCGCCACCAUGCUCUGCGCAGCCAGUGGCAACCCAGAUCCAGAGAUCACGUGGUUCAAAGACUUUUUGCCCGUUGACCCCAGCGCCAGCAACGGAAGGAUAAAGCAGCUGAGAUCAGGUGGCCUUCAGAUCGAAAGCAGCGAAGAGACUGACCAGGGGAAGUACGAGUGUGUGGCCAGCAACAGCGCCGGCGUGCGAUACUCCUCACCCGCAAACCUAUAUGUGAGAGUGCGUCGCGUGGCCCCUCGCUUCUCCAUCCCCCCCUCCAGCCACGAGAUCAUGCCCGGGGGCAACGUCAACAUCACCUGCGUGGCGGUGGGCUCCCCUAUGCCCUACGUCAAGUGGAUGCAGGGGGCGGAAGACUUGACACCGGAGGACGACAUGCCUGUGGGCCGGAACGUCCUGGAACUGACCGACGUGAAGGACUCGGCCAACUAUACCUGUGUGGCCAUGUCUAGCCUGGGCGUCAUCGAAGCUGUGGCACAGAUCACCGUGAAAUCGCUCCCCAAGGCUCCCGGGACCCCCAUCGUGACAGAGACGACCGCCACAAGCAUUACCAUCACGUGGGACUCGGGGAACCCCGACCCCGUGUCCUACUACGUGAUCGAGUACAAGUCGAAGAGCCAGGACGGGCCCUACCAGAUCAAGGAAGACAUCACCACCACCCGCUACAGCAUCGGGGGGCUCAGCCCCAACUCAGAGUAUGAGAUCUGGGUGUCGGCUGUCAACACCAUCGGGCAGGGGCCUCCCAGCGACCCCGUGGUGAUGCGGACAGGGGAGCAGGCGCCGGCCAGCGCCCCCCGCAACGUCCAGGGCCGGAUGCUGAGUGCCUCGACCAUGAUCAUCCAAUGGGAGGAGCCCGUGGAGCCGAACGGUCAGAUCCGCGGCUACAGGGUCUACUACACCAUGGAGCCAGACCAGCCGGUCAGCAACUGGCAGAAGCACAACGUGGACGACAGCCUGUUGACCACCGUCAGCAGUCUCCUGGAGAUGGAAACCUACACCGUUCGGGUCCUGGCUUUCACUUCCGUGGGAGACGGGCCGCUCUCGGACCCGAUCCAAGUCAAAACCAAGCAAGGAGUUCCCGGGCAACCCAUGAACUUCCGGGCAGAAGCCAAGAGCGACAGCAGCAUUUUGCUGACCUGGAGUCCUCCCCGCCAGGACAUCAUAUUGAAGUAUGAGCUGGUUUUCAAAGACGCCACGCAGGCAAAACCCGAGACGAGGACCUUUGACCCCGUGACCUCGUUCACUGUGAGAGACCUGAAGCCCAACACAGAGUAUGUCUUCAAACUGGCUGCUCGCUCGGCCUUGGGCAUUGGGGCCGAAACCCCGGAGGUCAGGGAGCGAACCCUGCAGGCUAAACCGUCCGCCCCCCCUCGAGACGUAAAAUGUGUCAGCACCAGAUCCACGGCCAUUCUGGUAAGUUGGCGCCCCCCUCCAGCCGAAAGCCAAAAUGGCGUCUUGAACGGAUAUAGCGUUCGCUACCGAGCCCUGGACUCAGAGGACAUGGAGCCGAGAGAGGUGACCAACAUUCAGGCAACCACCAAUCAGAUCCUCCUGGAAUCCCUGGAGAAGUGGACGGAAUAUCGCAUCACUGUGGUGGCACACACGAUUGUGGGACCCGGGCCAGAAAGCUCGCCGGUCAUCGUCCGCACCGACGAAGACGUGCCCAGUGCCCCGCCACGCAAAGUGGAAGUGGAGGUUCUGAAUUCGACCGCCAUCCAAGUGUUCUGGCGCUCGCCGCUCCAGAACCGCCAGCACGGGCAGAUCCGCGGCUACCAAGUACACUACAUCCGAAUGGAGAACGGAGAGGCCAGCGGUCUACCCCAGAUCAAGGACGUGAUGCUGGCUGACGCUCAGGAAAUGAUCAUCGCUGGGCUGCAGCCAGAGACUGCCUAUUCCAUCACUGUGGCUGCCUACACCAUGAAGGGAGACGGCACUCGCAGCAAACCCAGGCUGGUCGUGACCAAGGGGGCAGUCCCAGGGAAGCCGAUCCUGUCCGUCCACCCGACUCAAGAAAACGCCCUGCUGGUCAAGUGGGAGCCUCCCCUGGACGCAGAGGGCCAGGUGCUGGGCUACCGCUUGCAGUUUGGCCGCCGGGACGUUGACCCCUUGGCGACGCUGGAAUUCUCCUCCGAGGAGGACAGGUACACCGCCACCAACAUCCACCGAGGGGCCACGUACGUCUUCAAGCUGGCCGUCAAAAGCCGGUCCGGCUUCGGGGAGGAAGCGGUCCAGGAGCUCACCAUCCCGGAAGACGUGCCCAAGGGCUACCCGCAGAUCCUCGAGGCCAGCAACAUCACCUCCAAGUCCGUGCAGUUCCACUGGAUGCCCCCUGUCAUGGCCGAGAGGAACGGGGUCAUUGUCAAGUACACCGUGGCUUACCGAGAAGCCGCCUCUUCCGGGAGCCCGCAGGAGAAGGAGCUCCCUCCGUCUCCCGAGAACUCGUACACGCUGAACGGCCUCAAGCCCAACACGGCCUAUGAUGUUAAAAUCCGAGCCCACACCAGUAAAGGUCCCGGGCCGUACAGCCCUUCUGUCCAAUACCGGACGUUCCUCCUGGACCAAGUUUUCCCCAAAAACUUCAAAGUGAGGAUGGUGACCAAGACGUCGGUCCUCCUAGGAUGGGAGUUCCCCGAGAAUUACAACUCUGCCGUUCCGUACACGAUCCAGCAUGAGGGCAAAGAGAUUGAAGUUGACGGCCGCGCCACUAAGAAGCUCAUCACCAACCUAAGACCUCACAUGUCGUACAAGUUCAUCCUGAAAGGUCCGAAGGGGACCUUGGGGAACCUCCAGCAGCAGGUGGAGGUUUCGACGGCAGCCAACCUGCUCAGCCGGAAGCCAGAGGUGACCUACAGACACGAUAUGGACGGGAGCAUCAUGGUGAACCUGCCGGAAGUGAAAGGCUCAGAUUCACCCGCGCAGGCAUACUUCAUCGUGGUUGUCCCCCUGAAGAAAUCCAAAAGCGGCCAGUUUCAGAACAUAUACCACAGUCCGGAAGAGAUGGACUUGGAGGAGUUGAUUCAGAUCUCCAGGCUGCAACGCCGCAGCCUCCGCCACUCCCGCCAGCUUGACCUCCACAAACCCUACAUCGCCGCCCGCUUCAACACCCUGCCUUCCUACUUCAUCCUUGGGGACAUGAAGCGCCACGACGGCUUUGAGAACAAAGCCUUGGAACCCGGUCAGAAGUACGUCAUUUUCGUCCUGGCCGUGCUGCGGGCAUCCGAUUCGUUAUACGCUGCCAGCCCCUUUUCUGACCCGAUCCAGAUAGACAACCCGGACCCACAGCCAAAGAUUGACGGAGAGGAGGGACUGAUCUGGGUGAUUGGGCCGGUCUUAGCCGUGGUCUUCAUCAUCUGCAUCGUCAUCGCAAUCCUCCUCUACAAAAACAAACGAAAAGACUCUGAGCCGCGCAUCAAGUGCAUGCUGAACAACGCGGAGAUCACUCCCCACCACCCCAAGGACCCUGUCGAGAUGAGGCGGAUCAACUUCCAGACCCCAGAUUCUGGGCUGAGCAGUCCCCUCAGUGACCCUGAGUUUGACCUUGAAAGUAUGCUGAGCCACCCACCCAUCCCCAUUUCGGAGCUGGCAGACCACACAGAGCACCUCAAGGCGAACGACAACCUGAAGCUCUCUCAGGAGUACGAGUCCAUCGAUCCGGGUCAGCAGUUCACUUGGGAACACUCCAACCUCGAGGUGAACAAGCCGAAAAACCGCUACGCCAACGUGAUCGCCUACGACCAUUCCCGCGUCAUUUUGCUGCCCAUUGAAGGAAUCGUGGGCAGCGACUACAUUAACGCCAACUACAUUGACGGCUACCGUAAGCAGAAUGCGUACAUCGCCACGCAGGGGCCCCUUCCGGAGACUUUUGGGGACUUCUGGAGGAUGGUGUGGGAGCAACGCUCGGCCACGGUGGUGAUGAUGACCAAACUGGAGGAGAAAUCACGGAUAAAGUGUGACCAGUACUGGCCAGGCCGUGGCACUGAGACGUACGGAAUGAUUCAAGUCACCUUGCUGGAUACAAUCGAGCUGGCCACGUUCUGCGUCCGGACUUUCUCGCUUCACAAGAACGGCUCCAGCGAGAAACGGGAAGUUCGGCAGUUCCAGUUCACGGCCUGGCCUGAUCACGGUGUCCCCGAGUACCCCACCCCAUUCCUGGCCUUCCUCAGAAGAGUGAAAACUUGCAACCCGCCCGAUGCAGGGCCCAUUGUUGUGCACUGCAGCGCUGGGGUCGGCCGCACGGGCUGCUUCAUCGUGAUCGACGCCAUGCUGGAGAGGAUAAAACACGAGAAGACGGUGGACAUUUACGGCCACGUCACUCUCAUGAGGUCUCAGAGAAAUUACAUGGUGCAGACAGAGGACCAGUACAGCUUCAUACACGACUCCUUGCUGGAAGCCGUCGCCUGUGGGAACACAGAAGUCCCCGCUCGCAAUCUGUACACCUACAUUCAGAAGCUGGCGCAGAUAGAAGUUGGGGAGCACGUCACUGGCAUGGAGCUCGAAUUCAAGAGACUCGCCAACUCCAAAGCCCACACCUCCCGGUUCAUCAGCGCCAACCUCCCAUGCAACAAGUUCAAGAACCGCCUUGUCAACAUCAUGCCAUACGAGACCACGCGGGUCUGCCUACAACCUAUCCGAGGGGUCGAGGGGUCUGACUACAUCAACUCCAGCUUCAUUGAUGGGUACAGGCAACAGAGAGCGUACAUCGCCACGCAAGGCCCUCUGGCGGAGACCACAGAGGACUUCUGGCGGAUGCUGUGGGAGAACAACUCCACCAUUGUCGUGAUGCUGACCAAACUACGAGAGAUGGGGCGGGAGAAGUGUCACCAGUACUGGCCAGCAGAGAGGUCCGCCCGGUACCAGUACUUUGUGGUCGACCCCAUGGCUGAAUACAACAUGCCUCAAUACAUCCUCCGGGAGUUCAAGGUCACCGAUGCAAGGGAUGGCCAGUCACGGACCGUGCGUCAGUUCCAGUUCACGGACUGGCCAGAGCAAGGCGUGCCAAAAUCCGGUGAAGGCUUCAUUGAUUUCAUUGGGCAGGUGCAUAAAACCAAGGAGCAGUUUGGCCAAGACGGGCCCAUCUCCGUCCACUGCAGUGCUGGUGUGGGCAGGACCGGCGUCUUCAUCACCCUCAGCAUCGUCCUGGAGAGAAUGCGCUAUGAGGGCGUGGUGGACAUCUUCCAGACAGUGAAGAUGCUGCGGACGCAGAGGCCUGCCAUGGUGCAGACGGAGGAUGAAUAUCAGUUCUGUUACCAAGCGGCGCUGGAAUACCUGGGCAGUUUUGAUCACUAUGCAACAUAAAAACAAAAAAACAAAAAACCGCCAACUCUGAAACAGAAAAACAAAAACAAAGCCAUCCGUUGCACGGACUCUGAAAACUUACAGUCCUGGAAGGUCUUCUCUUUCGAGCCAGAGAGGUGAACUUUGACCUUUUUCUAUUAGAAAAAAGAAAAAAGAAAAUUGCAGACUGAAUUCCGAAGGAAGCUGCCGCCUGUGCCCACUCAGCCCCCCCCUGUUUUGGGAUGCUACAGUGGGGGGGGGACAAUCAGCUAGUGAAGCGGCCAGUAGUUCCGCGCCCCCCACCCCACCCCAGGAGCUAACCCUGCACCUCUGGGGCUCCCUCUCUCUCCUGACCCGAGGCAACUCAGGGUGGAGGGUGCCCCCCCCUUCGCCUUUUUCUCUUUAAAAGUGGUGAACUUGUCGUUCUUACCUCAUGUGGUGUUUGCGGCGUGGGGGGCGGUGCCAGAUGGACCCCAAGCGCUUCGGCGGGAUUUUUGAAACAAACCAACGCCAGAGAGAGAGAGAGAGAGCCAGCCCCCCCUCCCCCGCAUAUACACCUUGAAAGACAGCGGCCAAAGUCGGGAGGCGGAAGAACGAACCAGGCGGGGGCCGGCAAGGAACGACAAGCACGGCCCCCGACACACUCGCGUUUUAAGAGUUCGGUUUGCAUACUAAUCUAGUUGGUGAGUUUUAGAGGAAGCCACUCGCAGGGUUGUUGGGUUUUUUUUGCAGACAGGAGCAGAGAGAGAGAGAGAUUGAGAGAGAGCGAUUGAGAGAGGGGGGGGUUGGGACAGAAAGCAAGAAUCAGCCAGCCUUGAGCACCGACUGAGCCAAUUUUUCACCCAGCAAGCAUUCUCCUUUAUUUUCUUUUUUUGGAGGGGAUUGCAACCUCUGGUUUCAAUGGUAGAUAUGUUUUGGCACCCUGCAGAAAAGUGGGGUGUGCACAGUGCUUUUUUCUGGGGGUGCUCAAGGGGUACACUGUACUAGCACCCCUUUUUUCUAGAAGAAAAGCACUGGGUGUGGGGUUCCUCAACACACACACACACGAUCAUGUAUCUCUCACCUUUUGAAAACUCUGAACAUUCCACAUCCUUAUGAUUCCACAGUUUUUAUGUUGAAAUAAAAACUGCGAUAAGGAGCUAUCAGGGACCCAAAAUGUCUCUCGAUCAGGAAAACACUCUCCCUUCUUCUUCUUCCUCCUCCCCGCUCGACAAAUAUCCUUUUUCACUUGACCCCUUCCCCACACAAAAUUAUCCCAGCAUUUUUGUUCGGUUUCAUUUCAGCUCCCUCACAGCCUUUUACUCUCACGGGUGGAGGUUAUGAAACACCUUUUUUAAAAUUAAAAAAACCCACAUGAUUCCAUUAGCACAUCAAAAGCUGACCUUUUCUUUUUUCUUUUUUUCCUCCUGUUGCAAAACCAUGUAUUUUUUUGUGGGGGUGUUUUGUGCCCUCCCCCACCCCUCUCCACCAGAUGCCAAAGAGAAAAAUGGUCAAUUUUUUCAGAGGCCCCUGGAACAGGAUGGAUCUUUUGAAAAAAAAAGGGGGGGGAGGAUUUUUGUUGUUGUCAAGGCUGAUAGGACCAUCAAUCAACAGAGGAAAAGAAGAUCUCCCAAUUGCAGCACACGAGGACCCAGGACUUAUGGAAACGGUGGGGGGGGGGGCCUGGGGGCUGGAGAGAACCUUGCAAGUGGCUCUCUUUAAAGAGAUGUUCAUGUAUCUCUAGCAAGUGGCAUUCAUUUUUUAUUUUGAGUAUCUCUCUCUCUUUCUCUUUUUAAAAUAGUGUAUUUUUUUUCCUUUUUAAAAAAAAACAUGUAAAAAAAUUACAGGAGAAUAUCAGUCAAUGAAUUUACACAAAAAAAGCAAAAAAAAAGCAAAUUACUUAUUUGUUCAUAUUAUGUUCAAAGACAGUCUAUUUUUUCACUGUAGAAACGUUAUGUGUAAUGGCUGUGUGAGAUAAGAUUGGGGGGGGGGAAUGCCGUAUGAUUAUAAUUGCUACUUUUACAUCUUGCUUUUUUUACCAUUUUGAAAAGAAAUGAAGAAAGAAGAAAGGUUUAACUUGCUCACAUACGAACAAACCUUCGCCGUUUUUUUCUUUUUUUAAAAAAAUUACGCUUCUUCUUGUUGUUAGCUGUUUAUUAUUUUCUCCCUUUUCCAAGGGGCUUGGUUAAUAAGGGGCAUGAGGGAUGAGGAGGUGGCACAGACAGGACCCAUCGCUUAAUUUUUUUGGGGGGGGGUGUCGCAUUCCCCGCUCCGGCAGCCUGCAUUUUGUAUGCCUGACCAAUGGCGAAACGGAACAUUAAACCAGGCACCCGUCUGCCACCCGGACACAGACGGACACUUGAAUCCAGAGAACUGUACUUGGGAGUUCCCUAAGGAGGUGCCCGCUUUGCAAAGCAAGGACAGCGGCACCAAACACCCUGCUUUUAGCCAGCACUGAAAGGGGCUGUAAAAAAAAACAACAGCAGCAAAGGUGUUUGCUGGUCGCCAUUAACUGCUUGGGGGGCUGCAUUCAGCCAGGGGGGGGGGUUCAUAUGAAGACCUUUCCGCUGCAAAAUGGGAGUUUAUUGGAUGUGCUGAAUGUCAGUUCGAAACCCUGCUCAGCCUUAAUAGAGAAAUACUGGGUGGAUUUGGGCCAGUAUCUCUCUCUCUCUCUUUCUUUCUUUCGCUCUCUCUCUCUCUCUCUGCCUCUCUGCCUAACCUACCUCGCAGGGUUGUUUUGAGGCUUAAAUGCUGCCCUCCCCAGCCACUCCAGAGCUUCGUAGGCGGUAAAACAGCGGGUACCGAAUGGGAUUGCUUCUUCCCACACGUUCUCUGGUUUAAGGCAGCAAGACCUUUGGAUGGCAGUAAAAA